UCACUAUGGGACACACCAGCCUGGACAAGAUCAUAGCACUGCAGAAGCACCCUGCUCACAUCAGAAACCUGUGUAUUCUGGCACACGUUGACCAUGGUAAAACUACUCUGGCAGACUGCUUGGUGGCGAGUAAUGGUAUCAUAUCAAGUCGACUGGCUGGGAAGCUGAGGUAUCUGGACAGCAGGGAGGAUGAACAGCUGAGAGGAAUCACCAUGAAGUCCAGUGCUAUCUCUCUGCACUACAAUGAAGGAGAUCAGGAUUAUUUACUGAAUCUGAUCGACUCUCCCGGUCACGUCGACUUCUCCUCGGAGGUCUCCACUGCUGUCCGGCUGUGUGACGGAGCCAUUGUUAUUGUUGAUGCUGUGGAAGGAGUGUGUCCACAGACUCAGGUUGUGCUGCGUCAGGCAUGGCUGGAGAACAUCAGGCCUGUUCUGGUCAUCAACAAGAUAGACCGACUCAUCGUGGAGCUGAAGCUCACCUCUCAGGAAGCUUUCACACACCUGCAGAAGAUCCUGGGACAGGUGAACGCAGUGACUGGAGCCUUGUACACAUCCAAAGUGCUGGAGGAUCGAGCGGAGAAAGAGAAGGAGGAGGUGAAAGAGAAAGAGAGUGAGCCGUCGAGUGGAGAUCAGGUGUAUGACUGGAGCGCCGGGCUGGAAGAGGUCGAUGACUCCAACCUCUACUUCUCUCCUGACCAGGGAAAUGUGGUGUUUGCCAGCGCCAUCGAUGGAUGGGGCUUCAGCAUCCAGCAGUUUGCCCACAUCUACAGCCAGAAGAUGGGUAUCAAAGCAGAGGUGCUACUCAAAACCCUGUGGGGGGAUUUCUACCUCAAUGCAAAGGCAAAGAGGAUCAUGAAGGGUGCUCAGGCCAAAGGAAAGAAGCCACUGUUUGUGCAGCUCGUGCUGGAUAACAUUUGGAGUUUAUAUGAUGCUGUUGUCACCAGGAGAGACAAGGAGAAGGUGGACAAGAUGGUGUCAUCUCUGGGGGUAAAGGUGAUGGCCAGGGACUCCCGUCACUCGGACCCCAAAGUCCUCCUGUCUGCCAUCUGCAGCCAGUGGUUACCUGUGUCCCAGGCCGUCCUGUCAAUGGUGUGUGAGAAGCUUCCCAGCCCGUUGGACAUGGCAGCAGAGAGGGUGGAGAAACUGAUGAGUGUUGGAGCGCGACGAUUUGACUCCCUGCCCAAACAGACGCAGGAACUGAAAAAAGCGUUCCUCCAGUGCUCCAGCGAGGAAAAUGCUCCAGUCAUCGUCUUUGUGUCCAAGAUGUUUGCUGUGGACAGCAAAGCUUUGCCUCAGAACAGACAGAGGCCCUUGACACAGGAGGAGAUCGCCCAGCGUAGAGACCUGGCAAGACAGAGACAUGCUGACAGGAUGGCAGCUGGUCAGCCAGCAGAGACAACAGAGAACAACAGAGACCCCACCCUAUCAGGGAGUACAGCACAGGAAGGCCAGUCUGCAGGAGCCAUCACAGCUAAGAUGGAGAGUCUGAUAGUGAGAGAGUCAAAACCAGAGGAGGAAGAGGAGCAGAAGGAGACUUUCAUAGCAUUUGCCAGGGUCUACAGCGGAGUGGUCAAGAAAGGACAGAGAGUGUUCGUAUUGGGACCAAAGUACGACCCGGCCCAGGGCAUGAGCAUGCUGCCGGAGGGUUGCAGUGCUUCAGACUGUGCCUCUGAGGUGCCUCAUAUGUCCUGUUGUUCCAUGGAAAGCAUUUACCUGCUGAUGGGCAGAGAGCUGGAUGAGCUGGAGGAGGUGCCUGCUGGAAAUGUGCUAGGUAUCGGUGGUCUGGGGGAGUGCGUGUUGAAGUCAGCCACUUUGUCCACCUCUCCCGCCUGUCCACCCUUCACCCCACUCAACUUUGAGGCUACGCCCAUCGUUCGGGUUGCUGUUGAGCCCAAACACCCAAGUGAAAUGCCAAAGCUGGUACGUGGGAUGCGUUUAUUGAACCAGGCAGAUCCCUGUGCUGAGGUCAUGAUCCAAGAAACAGGAGAACAUGUUCUGGUCACUGCUGGAGAGGUUCAUCUCCAACGCUGCCUGGACGACCUCAGAGAACGGUUUGCUAAAAUUGAGAUCACCGCGUCCAAACCCAUCAUUCCAUUUAGAGAAACAGUGGUACGUCCUCCAAAGUUGGACAUGGUCAACGAGGAGAUGGGCAGGCAGCACAAACUCGCCAUCAUUCACCAGGUGAAAGACGAGGUCUCUCAGGGUCGCUCAUCUGACAAUUUUCAUGUGGACCCCACUGGUCUGGUGACCCUCACCACUCCCAACAGACUGGCCACUGUCAGCGUCCAGGCAACCCCACUGCCUCAGGAGGUGACCAGUCUGUUGGAGAGUAGUUCGGAGCUGAUUCGGACUCUGGAGCAGAUCAACAUGUCCCUGAGAGAGGGAAAGAAUCUGGAAGUCAGCCCCAGGACCCUGGAAGCCAUCACUGAAUUCAAGGCCAAGCUGGAGAGUCUGCUGCAGGGGAGGAAGUGGAGGAAUGCUGUGGAGCGUAUAUGGGCCUUUGGUCCUCGCAGGUAUGGUCCCAACAUUCUGCUGAACAGCGUAGAGGGCUACCAGCGGCCCUCUGUGUGGCAGUUUUUGGGCAGGGGAGAAAAAGCUGGUGAGGCUGGAUCUCAGGCCCCUGUUCUACGAGACUUUGACAACAGCAUCGUCAGCGGCUUCCAGCUAGCAACCCUGUCAGGGCCUAUGUGUGAGGAGCCCCUGAUGGGAGUCUGCUUUUCCCUAGUGAGAUGGGACAUCCAGUCUUCAGCUCCACUACAGCAUCAGGUCUCCUUGGAGGAAGAUCUGACAUCCCAUGAGGCUUUAGCAGACAGUAAAACGGGAGGAGGCAGUGAGACAACUGCACAGGUGGAGGGUGCAGCAGUAGAGCCGAGCCAGGCUAGACGGAGGCCAGAGGCUACCUCUCUAGACUGCUACGGGCCUGUCUCAGGCCAGCUGAUCGCUGCCAUGAAGGAGGCGUGCCGUCACGCCUUCCAGGCUCAGCCCCAGAGACUCAUGGCUGCAAUGUAUACCUGCGAGAUCAUGGCCUCCGCUGAGGUGCUGGGCCGAGUAUAUGGCGUCCUGGGGAAGCGAGAGGGUCAAGUCCUCCAUGAAGAGAUGAAGGAAGGGACAGAUAUGUUCCUUAUCAAGGCCGUUCUGCCUGUCGCCGAGAGCUUCGGAUUUGCUGACGAGAUCCGCAAGAGGACCAGCGGAUUGGCCAGUCCACAGCUGGUCUUCAGCCACUGGGAGGUGAUCAGCAGUAAUCCAUACUGGGUUCCCACCACCGAGGAAGAGUACCUGCACUUUGGAGAGAAAGCCGACUCGGCCAAUCAGGCUCUGAAAUACAUGAACGCUGUGCGCCGCCGCAAAGGCCUGUAUGUGGAGGAGAAGAUAGUGGAGCACGCAGAGAAACAGAGAACACUCAGCAAGAACAAGUAGAGAAGAAAACACACAGAACAUCCUCACAGCACCAGCUCCACCUGUCACACUGAGACAUGCGUCCAUCAUCCAUCCCUGCAGGACUGCACACAC